GUUGGACUGUUGGGACCUUUGCCCCGACAGCUGCAACGACGACACACAGAACCUCCGCAAAAUGCACAGAGCGAUAGCACACCCUCAACGGACGGUCGCAGCACUGCAGUCAUGCAGACCGACAACACAGAUCGUACCGAGCCGUUCCAUGUCCUCCACAACCUCACCCUCCGCAAAACCCGCCGCCGGAGGGGUCGAUCUUUCGAACGCCGCGUCUCUAAAAGCACGGCAUCCCAACACCGUAUACCGCGAAGCGAUGAAAGUAAAGCGAAAGCAGUACUUUGAAGAGUCGAAGCAGGCCUCAGCACGAAAAGAACUAGAGUCCGUAGAAGAGCGUGGCCGUGAAGAACAGCGCAAACGUGAUCUCGCCGAAAAGAUUCGUCAAUUCAAAGCCCUUCGUAGUCAGAGUUUUAGUGAAGACGUGACGGCGACGCACGGUGGUAAAGCUUCGCCGGUCGACGCUCUAGAUGGCGGCAGCUCAGCAGGCGAGACGGGGUCAGCGAAAGUGAAGGCAGAUGCGGAGAACAAAGAGUGGAAGGAGUUUAUCAGCCUCCGCCGGCAAAAGCGAUUCGAAAACCACGUACGAGAUCGAGUCGAGCAGUCGGAACAACGUUUAGAAUCGUUGCUGUACCUAUACCAUUCCACUGCGAAGUUCAUAACGUACGAUAACCUUGAGCCCACAAUCAGGGCCCUGGUAGCCCAGCCCACCACUCGGAUGCUGUCUGCCGAUCGGCCACCCUCGUUGGGACAGGAAAGGCAUAAGGCUCUGGAUCAGAUAAUGUCGGGGGUUUUAAAUCACGGGAUGGGGCUGGAGACGCUGAAGAAAGAGGCGAAGGCGUUAGCGGAGAGUGAGCAGGGCGGUGCUUCGAACAAGUCAUCGUAGCGGGGCACCGGUUUCGGCAGCUUGGGAUAGAUGUGCUGUGUAGUCGUAAGGAUGCGGGGUGUCAGUGGAUAGAUCCGUCGAUAGCAUACCACACCAAUGAUUUAAAUGUCCUGUGCGUCCCUUCGCAAGGCAGACGCAAAUAUAUAUAGAGG